AUGUACGAAUUAAUCGCUCAUCAGUGGCCUUGGUCCAAAGGAAAGCAGCCACCCCGGUAUGAGAAGUCAAGAGACUACUGUGAGUACCACUGCUUCAACGAGAAUCGGACUGAAAAGUGCAAGAACCUCAAAAUAAUUAUCCAAAAGUUGAUUGACGCUGGUGACCUCAAGCAAUAUCUUCAGAAGGCAGAAAUCCAUGACAGGGCAAAACGAAGCAAGCAAGUCCAACUACCCAAGAGUAAUCGAACGCUCAAUACCAUUUCAUGCUCCGAAUUUAACGGCCCCUCACUGACUGCCCAGAUAGGAAAAAGAUUGAGAAAACAAUUUGAGGACCACUGCGAGCUGUACAAGAUUGAUGGAGUCGAAGUUGAUGAGCACGAAGAAUGGAUGAACGCACCGAUGACAUUCGAUGCUGAAUAUGUCGAGGAAGACAUGAAGGAACACAACGAUCCUUUAGUUCUCACGUUACCAGUAGCAGGAUGCAACGUCAAGAAGAUUUUGAUUGACUGA